AUGUCAACUAUCCAAAACCUCAAAACCUUUGACCCCUUCGCGGAGGUUGACGACGAUACUGGGGAUACGAAACAAUCCCAGAAUUACAUCCAUAUUCGUAUUCAACAACGCAAUGGUCGUAAGACUUUGACAACCGUCCAAGGCCUCCCCACCAAGUUCGAUCAAAAGAAAAUCCUGAAGGUGAUUAAGAAAAAGUUCGCUUGCAAUGGCACUAUCGUCGCAGAUAGCGAAAUGGGCGAGGUGAUCCAGCUUCAAGGUGAUCAGCGCAAAGAUGUUCAAGAGUUCUUGGUAGCCAAAGAUGGCCUCGAGCUCGAUGCAAAGACUAUCAAGGUCCAUGGUUUCUAG